UUUGUGAACAACUUCUUCUUUAUUCCUUCAGGUGUAGAAAUGAGGAAGAUCACGGACUCCCACACACCGUCGAGCCGCACGGUGAACACCACCCUCUACUACAUCCUGUCCUCCUUCGCAGCGCCCCUGCUGGAUCGGAGGCUGAGCGGCGAGGAGCGCGCCCGUCUCGAGUCCAGCCUCAACUACGCUGACCACUGCUUCAGCGGCCACGCCACCAUGCACGCAGAGAACCUGUGGCCCGAGCGGGUGAGCAGCGCCGCUCAGAUCCUGCAGCUGGUCACACUGUGGACCCUGACCCUGCAGAAGAGAGGCUGCAAGGUGCUGGUGGCGGCCGGGGCCCAUGGGGCCAUGCAGGGCAUGGUGCUAAGCUUCGGCGGCCUUCAGUUCACAGAGAACCACCUGCAGUUCCAGGCCGACCCGGACGUGCUACACAACAGCUACGCCCUGAGAGGGAUCCACUACAACCAGGACCUCCUAAGCCUGGCGGUGCUGCUGGACGCGGAGGGGAAGCCUUUCCUGCACGUGUCGGUGAAGCCACAGGAGACGCCAGUGAAGCUGUAUGCCUGCGAGGCCGGCUGCCUCAACGAGCCUGUGGAGCUGACGUCGGAGGUCAAAGGUCACACCUUCCCUGUGAUGGUGACGCAGCCCAUCACACCGCUGCUGUACAUCUCCACAGACCUGCGCCACCUGCAGGACCUCCGCCACACCCUGCACCUCAAGGCCAUCCUGGCCCACGAGGAGCACAUGGCCAACAGGUACCCGGGCCUGCCCUUCCUGUUCUGGUUCAGCGUGGCCUCGCUCAUAACGCUCUUCCACCUUUUCCUCUUCAAGCUCAUAUACAACGAGUACUGUGGCCCCGGCGCUAAGCCCCUCUUCAGGAGCAAGGUCUCCAGCAAAGGUGAAGAUGACUGCAGUGACACAAGGAGCGCUGCUUGAACACUGCGGUGCUGUGCACAUGUUCCACAUGUGGUUCUGCUUGAGCUUUGGCAGCAUGGGAGACAUUAACUUGUGUGCUGGUGCUGACGUCUGCUGUCCCUCAGGUCUGCUGUGAGAGGACUUUAAAACCAAACAGGGCAGUUAUUGAUUCAUCGAUUGGUCUGUGGAACAUCAUGAGAAUGUCUCACAGCCCAGGUUUGCAGGUUUAAAUGUUUUGUCCGAUCAGAAGAUGUUCAGCAAAUGUUUUGCAUUUUUACUUAGAAAAUUGCAUUAAUAAUUAAUAUAUUAUUUAAAUUGUUGCAGAUUAAUUUGUGUGUAACCUCUGAACAGCCACAUUUUAUUUGCACGCGCUCUGAUCUCACUGGAAACUGCAGUUUCUCACAUGCACACAACAUGCAGACUCAAGUGAUGUUUUCCAGUUGAAGCCCCUCAGACUAUUUUAAAAGAGAACUGACAUCAUCAUCUCCAGUGACACGAGACAGAAUCCAAGUCACACAUUCUUCUAACUCGUCUUGGCGCCUACAUUACCCACAAUGCAACCCUUCCUCUGACAUUUGUGUGGUAGAUUCAGGUGUGUUGUACAUGUAGCAGCUACAAAUGUCUGAGCUCACUUCUUUUAGACUGCACACAGUUUCACACUCAUAGUUUUCAAUUGACGCUGACUCAGGUGACAUCACCUGAGUACAUUUAUGAGACAGCUCCCUCUGAGACCCUGAAUGUCUCAUUCUACUUUAAAACAUGCAACUCCCCAACACCUGGAGACACCUGCUGAGGAGGAAGACAGAUGGCUUUUCCCUUCAACUAACGACCUACCAGAUAAACAUCCAGGUUAUGUUAAGGGACCCCAAAUUCACAAUAACUGAAAGUCAUCUGCAAAAUAUUUAAAUCUCCAAAACGUAAAGAGGUAUGGUGUUAAUUCAGUUACCUGACAAAAGUAGAAUUGGUAGUAUUGGAAGAUGAGUUUAGCAGUUAAUGCUGAUCAUCUUAGUUUAACAUUUGCUAAUAGGCACUGUGCAUCUCAGUGCCGAGAAGUCAUCUGACCACCAAAUCAUCAGGUGGAUUUUCCAGUCAUGUUUCUUCAGAACCAGAUCCAGAGGUGCUUUUAGGCAUUUCGUGUUUCUGUUCUCUGAACCCGUCUCACAAUUGUCGGCCACAUCACGUCCAAGUUCACAUUCUGCUGCUGCUUCACUCGUCAAUAAAAGUCCCAUUAAGAAUCCGUGUAACCCUCAGCUGCGGUGACCAGUGUUUAAAAGUACGCGUUAUUCCAACUUUGGUUUCCUUACAUCUGCCCACCGGGUUUUUACAUCGUACACACCAAAGCCUGGCGACUGUCAGCUCCGGGAUCAGUGGUGAGUACGGUGUUAUCGUAACCGAAGGACGGAGCUACUGGGGCCACGCCCCCAUCGGUGAUGUCACAGCACACCUGUACCCAUGACAUCAUAUUGAAACAGCUGCUGUGAUGUCACUGAAGUCACCAGGUGCAAAUUUGAAUGUUUUUAAGGUUGGGCUUCACUAAGCUGUUGGUGAACGCAUCAGCAGACUGAAGGUAAAGGACUGCUGCUGCUGCUGCUGACGGCGGCGGCCAUGUCUGGAUUCUGACUGGAAGUUCAUUUGAUUAUUUAACAACAGAUAUGAGCGUGUCAUGUCAGACUAUAUAAUUUACAUGCUUUAUUUCCUGUGAACCACCGAGUGUGCCUUAAUUUAUUGAUCUCAUGGCUGUAAUCUGAUUGUAAUUGAUCUUCUUUUGGGGAGUUAGUGAUUGUGAGAAAGUGUAUAAUUGUGUUGUGGAUAAUUAGCUGUGUGUUUCUGGGUUUUUAGAGCAGCAGUUUGUUUUUGUCAUGUCAGCGUUUGGAGUCUGCUGUAUCACUGGAAUUAUUACUUUCUAAUCAAUAAAAAAAAUCAAUUUAAA